CUUUGUAACUUACAUCAAUCAAUCAUUCAUUAUAUUUCUCUCUCAUAAAUUUAUGUAGAAACAUUUAAAGUCUCUCUCUUUUUUUUUUGUUCUUCAUUGAUUUCUUUCUGAGUUUCAUAAAUUUAUAUGAUAAUUUGGCAGAAUUUACUUUGGGUGAUUUUCGGUUUGUAUUUUUAAAAUCUUUGCAUGUUUUAUGGUACAAAAGUUGGAAAAAUGGAAGAUAUUAGUGAAAACGAUGUUGAUAAUGUUGUUCUUGAUAAUGCAAUAGAAGAUUUGGGGAAUGAAGGAGGAAGUGAAGAAGAUGAAUUAGAGAAGAAGAAUGAAUAUGUUGAGUGUGAGACAUCUGAAUUGAUACACAAAGAAGUUGCCAACGAUGAAGAAGCUUACAAAUUAUACAAUGAGUAUGCAUUUAAAUGCGGAUUUGGUAUCCGGAAGGGCAAAGUUUGUUGGAGAUAUGAAACAAAGACAAUCAGACAACGUUUUUUAGUUUGUAGUCGGGAAGGAUUGAAAGACACAAAAGGUGGUGUGCCUAAGGUAUGUGUUAUGUUUUGUGUGGUUUAAUGUAGGUCAUGACAAUAUGUACAUAUAAUUUAUAUAUAACUGAAAGCAAAUGUUC